CCGUCCACUUUCCCGUCUCACCGCGGGGCACAUACGAGCUCGCGGUCCCCGCGGCCGAGCGAACGGAAAGCCUGGAGCCCCGCUCCCUGGAGGCACGCCGGGCCAGAGGGGGCUGCUCUCGCCCCCGGCCUCUGAGAUCGCGGGGCCCGACAGCCCCGGCUGGCACGUUCUCCCUCCCCUUCCAGGCCCUGCACUCGGCCAGCAGCCUGGAGAGUCACCGAGGGAUGAGGACGCCACAGCCCGGGGGAGCGCCCUUUCUGCUCUCGCGGCCCCGAGCGCGCAGCGCCCAGAAGCCGGACAGAGCCUGACGCCCUGUCGUCUCCUCACCCCCGCGCACAGGGCUUUACGAGUGAUCCGGCCGGCCAGCUCCCUGCUGCAUGGAACGGCUGCAGAAGCAACCACUUACCUCCCCUGGGAGCGUCAGCUCCUCCCGAGACUCCAGUGUUCCCGGCUCUCCCUCCAGCAUCGUGGCCAAGAUGGACAAUCAGGUGCUGGGCUACAAGGACUUGGCCGCCAUCCCCAAAGACAAGGCCAUCCUGGACAUCGAGAGGCCUGACCUCAUGAUCUAUGAGCCCCACUUUACCUAUUCUCUGCUGGAACAUGUGGAGCUGCCCAGAAGCCGGGAGCGCUCGCUGUCACCCAAAUCCACAUCCCCCCCACCAUCCCCAGAGGUGUGGGCAGAGAGCCGGUCCCCUGGAACCAUCUCUCAGGCUUCAGCCCCAAGAACUACUGGGACACCCCGGACCAGCCUGCCCCAUUUCCACCAUCCAGAGACCACCCGCCCAGAUUUCAACAUCUACAAGAAGCCACCCAUCUACAAGCAGAGAGAGUCCACAGGAGGCAGCCCCCAGAGCAAGCACCUCAUUGAGGACCUCAUCAUCGAGUCGUCCAAGUUCCCUGCGGCGCAGCCUCCAGACCCCAACCAGCCAGCCAAGAUCGAGACGGACUACUGGCCGUGCCCCCCGUCACUGGCUGUUGUGGAGACAGAAUGGAGGAAGCGGAAGGCAUCGAGGAGGGGGGCAGAGGAGGAGGAGGAGGAGGAGGAGGAUGACUCCGGGGAGGAGAUGAAGGCUCUCAGAGAGCGUCAGAGAGAGGAACUCAGUAAGGUUACUUCCAACUUGGGAAAGAUGAUCUUGAAAGAAGAGAUGGAAAAGUCACUGCCUAUCCGGAGGAAAACCCGCUCUCUGCCCGACCGGACACCUUUCCAUACCUCCUUGCAUGCGGGAACGUCGAAGUCUUCUUCCCUCCCCGCCUACGGCAGGAGCACCCUGAGCCGGCUACAGUCCACAGACUUCAGCCCGUCUGGAAGUGAGACUGAAAGCCCAGGCCUGCAGAACGGAGAGGGCCAGAGGGGGAGGAUGGACCGGGGGAACUCCCUGCCCUGUGUGCUGGAGCAGAAGAUCUAUCCUUACGAAACGCUGGUGGUGACCAACAGGGGGCGAACCAAGUUGCCUCCGGGUGUGGAUCGGAUGAGGCUUGAGAGGCACCUGUCCGCGGAGGACUUCUCAAGGGUCUUUUCCAUGUCUCCUGAAGAGUUUGGCAAGCUGGCUCUGUGGAAGCGAAACGAACUCAAGAAAAAGGCCUCUCUCUUCUGAUGGCCCCCACCAGCUCCGUGACAGACCCUCACCCCUGCUGCUUCGGGGAGCUGGAGUCCCUAGACCCCAAAGCAUCAUUUCUGGGGGCAGCAGGGAUGUGGGGCAGAGGUGGGAUGGGCUCCGUUGCCCAGGUCGAGGGGGAGCAAAACCUCUGCAGGGUUGGGGUUGUGGGACGUGGACUUUCUUCCUCUUAUGAGCCGGGGGCGGAGGGUGCCCUCCUUCUCUCAUCUCUGGUCCUCACGGCACAGGGCAAACCCAGUCUGGACUCCGCACACACAGAGUUAAUGUUUGCACCCUCUCCCUGCCCCCACCCCCACACGAAGGUCCCCGGAAGAGAGUGAUGAGAAAUGAACAUGGCACUUAGUGGUCAGACGUGUCUGCUGUUCUGACCGGUAGGUGGGGAGAACCCUCAGGUCUAGUAGGAGGCACGUGAGGGUGGGAAGCAGCCAGGCAGGCAGAGAGCGCCCCAGGACCCUGUGUGCACCCAAGCACCCCUCUGCAGCUCACCUGGGACAGGUUCCCCUGCACCUGGGUCUCCUGCCUCUCAGCCUCCAGCAGGGAAGCCACCUGGCCCUCCAACUCACCCUGUCCUCCCCUUGCGACCCCUAAGCUUUGAAGCCUCUUGCUCCAGAUCUGUGGCUUCCCCAGAAGCCUUGGCUUAGAGUGGAGAUGUCGCCUAUACAGACCCCCAGCCCACCAUCAGCCUCCAGGCAGUCAGCUAGAAUGUUACCUUCUAGCAUUCAGGUCCUGGGCAGAACCCAGGCCUUCGGGCUCCCCUUGGAUGGGAUCAGGAGCUGGGCUGAGAGUCCUGGCUACCAGGUCCUGCCCACACCCAUGCAUCCCCCACCACACUCUCUAAAGAAUGUAAUUUAUUGGGGCACCCCCAGCUGCUUUCCUCACCUAACUCUCUGCCCUACCUUAAUCACGCUCCCAGCUUUUCUUCUCUCCAAAUACACGUGUAUAUAAUUAUAUAUAUAUAUUUUUGCCCGGGUCUGGGUUUUGUUCCUACCCAGACCCUGACAUCCCUUUCCACCGUGUGUGUGAGAUAACGCUGGGGGA